CUCAUUUAAAGACAACCUGUUAGUAUUGUGAGAGAGGGGCACAAGGAGAAACACUGCAACUUACUCAAGGCUGACAUGGAUCAAAGACAAAACACACAGGUACAAAGACAAGUGAGUCUAAUACAACCUGGGGCCAAACCAGGAGAUACCCAACCCAAACCUGUGGAGAGGGAGCAGUGGGGCAGUAAAAUAGAGUUCAUCCUGGCUGUAGCUGGACAUAUUAUCGGCCUGGGAAAUGUAUGGAGGUUUCCGUACCUUUGCUACAAAAAUGGAGGAGGGGUUUUCUUCAUACCUUAUGUUUUAUUCUUGUUUACCUGUGGCAUCCCACUCUUCUUCUUGGAGACUUCGUUGGGCCAGUUCACCAGUCAGGGUGGAAUCACAUGCUGGAGAAAAAUCUGCCCUCUUUUUGAAGGCUUAGGCUACGGGAGUCAAGUGAUUGUUUUGUACACUGGGGUGUAUUACAUCAUCAUACUGGCGUGGACGUUUCUCUACCUGUUUUCAUCCUUCAGGUCUGACCUUCCAUGGGCAAGCUGCAAAAAUACAUGGAACACAGAUGGCUGCUUUGAGCACGGUCAGAAUCAAACAUUACAUCCGCAUCUCUUUGGAAACAGUUCAUCUUCAGUUGUAGAAUUUUGGGAGAGGAGAAUUUUGGGCCUGUCUAGUGGAAUUGAUGAGAUUGGAAGUAUCCGUUGGGACUUGGCCCUUUGUCUUCUUCUUGCCUGGACAUUGUGUUACUUCUGCGUCUGGAAGGGAGUAAAGUCCACGGGAAAGGUGGUUUACUUCACUGCUACGUUUCCAUAUGUGAUGCUGGUGGUGCUGCUUGUACGUGGUCUCACUUUACCAGGGGCCAAAGAUGGGGUCAUGUUCUACCUCUAUCCAGAUCCAUCUCGCCUCACUGACCCAGAGGUAUGGAUGGACGCUGGCAGCCAAAUUUUCUACUCCUAUGGAGUUUGCACGGGUGUUCUGACAUCUUUAGGAAGUUACAACAAGUACAACAACAACUGCUACAGAGAUUGUGUUUACCUCUGCCUGUUAAACAGUUUAACCAGCUUUGUAGCUGGAUUUGCAAUCUUCUCCGUUCUUGGUUUUAUGGCAAAGGAGCAAGGUGUGGAUAUUUCACUGGUGGCUGAAUCAGGUCCAGGGUUGGCAUUUAUUGCUUAUCCUCGUGCUGUCGCUCUAAUGCCACUCCCUCAGCUCUGGGCUAUUUUCUUCUUCAUCAUGAUCAUCUUUUUAGGAUUAGACAGUGAGUUUGUAUACCAAGAGGCGUUGGUCACAACCAUCUCUGACAUGUAUCCGACCUUCUUUCAAAACGAGUGUCAUCGUAAACUCCUUCUGCUUGCCAUCAGUGUUGGGAGUUUCUUUGUUGGCCUUCUGAUGGUUACAGAGGGAGGCCUAUAUAUUUUUCAGUUGUUUGACUACUACGCCUGCAGUGGGAUGACCCUUCUACUUUUUGCUGUUCUUCAGUCUGUCUGUAUUGGAUGGAUCUAUGGUGCAGAUCGGCAGUAUGAUAAUAUACAGGACAUGAUUGGAUAUCGACCAUGGCCUUAUAUGAAAUAUUGUUGGCAGUACUUCACACCAGCUAUCUGUACUUGUACGUUUCUCUUUUCCUUGGUCAAAUACACUCCACUCAAAUUCAACAACACUUAUGAGUAUCCCUGGUGGGGCUACGCCAUCGGAGGAUUUUUUACUCUUUCAUCAACACUUUUAAUUCCUCUGUGGAUGCUGUACGCUGUGAGCAUCACACCUGGAACACUGAAACAGAGAAUAAAGAUUCUGUGCUCUCCAACUAAGGACUUACGAAGGGGAACACUGAAGAACACAUCAAAUCCAGAAGCAUUUCAGACUUUCACAGGAUUGUACACGUUGCGGACAACAGCAAAUUCUGAUGACAGAGCUCAGAAAACUUCAGUUAUUUAAAACAUCUCAAAUAAUUUCCAUAAGACUGAAAAAUGGUGCAAAUGCUGGAAAACAGAGAAAAACUCAUUGCACAGAACAUUUUAGCAUUAUGGCCUGAUUUGGAGGCUGAGAAUGUAUAUAUUUUUAACUUUAUAUCUGACCUGAAAAAAUAUUUUUGUUACAAAUUUUGUAAAGUCUGCUGCAAGACACUAUUUUGUGAGAAUUGUUUAGUAAAUCAUUACCACAGAAACUGGGAUAUUAUCAAGAAUUAGCAUACAGUUUUUUUAUGUGUUUAAAAUUGAUCAAACUUGCAGGUGUUUGCAUAAAUAUCAGUUCUGAAUGCUGGUUGACACAAGAGAUAUUAAAAGUAUAAAGCAUUAUAUUAUAUGUUUUCUAUAUGUGUAUAGAAAUUACAGGGAUGUAAAAUACCUACCGAGUAAUAAAGAUGAGAUGGAGUUGUGUAAAAAGCAUUUAAAACAAUUAUUUUACACAACUGCUGGUAUGAUAGCAAAUACAUCUGCUGCUGCUUUGGGACUCUUGUAAUGGUGAUAUAAUAUCAUAUAAUAUAAUAUAAUAUAAUAUAAUAUAUUGCUUGGUGUUUUUGAAGUUGACAAAUGCACUUUACAAUGCACCUGUACAGUAUAAUCAUUUAUUUAACAAGUCACAUUUUCUAUAUUUCAACACCUGAAACUGGUAAAACUGGGUUUGCAGGGGCUUAAACAAAACUACAUUGAAUGGAUUGGCUUUAUUUUAAUUCUAAUUAUACAUUUAGGUAAAAUCUAGUAAAAGCAUCAGCACUACAGUUUUAACCCCUGUAUUUAUUUCAAUCACUAUGGAGACUGGUCAGGUCCUGUAUUUGUUACAUAUUGUCAAUAAUCCUCAUAAUGUUCAAAACUCAAAUUUUUGUUGUGGAAUGCAGCUUGACACUGAUCAUUCAAUAAAAAAAAAUGUAUGUAAAAAGAUGUAAAUGUUGACUUUGAUACCUACAAUUUUCAACAAAAUGUAAAGGAAUGCUUGAAUGAUGCCCUCUUGUGUCUAAAACGUGCAGUACAUACAUACAGAAUAUUUUCAUCUUUUACCACUUUGCAUGCAUAUUCUACCAUUUUGAUACCCUUUAUUUACACAAAUGCUGUGCAUUGGCUUGACAUCUCUGCUGAAACAAUAACAAGUCAUUCAUAAACUAAUAAACACA